UUCUACUGUUACAUUCUUUCUUUGCUGAAAUGCAUUAUAUGUAAUUGGAAAUUAGCAUAUUUUCACUUUUGUUAUGUUUAACAAGGGAAAUGUUGACCAUUUGUGUUAUCUGAAAGUAUUUCAUCCCAUAUCCAGCCACCAGAGGGAUGUGGAGAUCUCAAGGAACCUAAAAGGAUAUUUCUUUAAUUAAACAGGAAGACCCUGACAGGUUCUUUAUUUCAGACUGUGUGCACAAUGGUGGCUCCAUUGUUUAGUCAAAUGCUAUUCGCAGAAGCCCUCUGCUGAAUUUGAGAAUUAUUUUAGUUUUUGAAUGUAGAGGUAUGAUGUACAACUGCUCCCAUGCUUAGUUCAGGCGACAAAGGCUGAGGAACUUGUGAACUAGGUCUAAAUUAGAGCUCUAUACCAUGUGAACUAAGCUUAACAUUUAAUUGGAGAGUAGUAGAGGGCUGGGCCCAUAAUUCCCGAACUCUGAAUGCUGCAGUUGGUCGUAAUGGUUGACUUUAGAUGCAUACAAUUAUCAGAAAGAAAAAGUAUGUCUUACAUUUCUCUUGUGAUGCUUCUUGUGGGAAAUUAUGAGUACCCGAUCUCGUAGAUAUCAAACCAUGUGGAAAACUUAAACUCCUAGGAAUAUGUUUGGGCUAUGAUUUCUUUAUCCUAGUAAGGAUGCAUUAGCUAGCACAUGCUCUUAUGAUGGGGUGUCUGUGAUCAGUGCACUGGAACAAAAUAUGUUUAAAAAUAAAAGAAAUAAUAUAUUUAUUUGAAAAAUAAUAUUUUUGAUCCAUUUAGUAACUAUAGGGUACUUUUGGACCAAAUUAUCAACGAUAAGGGUAUAUGUACCAAAGUAUUGACUGCUCGGGUAAUUUUGUUCAUAAAAUAAUAACAUUUUUAUUCAUUUCACCUAAUUUAAGGAUAUUUUUUAUCUUUUCCAUUUUUAAAUGGACUAAAAAGGAAAAAAGCAAGUAGCAUUAAAUUAUUCAAAGAGUCCCUCACACAUUGAGUCCUUUCCUUUUUCCUGACGUUACUUACUAUCUUCCAGCCGAAACAAAAACUAUUACCCCUUUUUGGGCAAGUCCAUUUCCAUUUUGGUUUAUCAAUUUUCUUGUGAUCUCAAAAAUCUUUGAUGGGGAGAUUAUUUGUGUUGACUCUUGAAGGCAAGAUCUACAGCUGCAAGCACUGUGGAACUCAUCUUGCCCUUUCUGAAAACAUUGUUUCCAAGUCUUGCCACUGCAGACAUGGGAAGGCUUACCUCUUCAGUAAAGUGGUGAAUGUCACUUCUGGCGAGAUGGAAGAUAGAGUGAUGAUGACUGGUUUGCACACUGUGGCAGACAUUUUCUGCGUCUGUUGUGGGUCAAUUGUUGGAUGGAAAUAUGAGACCGCCCAUGAGAUGAGCCAAAAGUACAAAGAAGGAAAAUCAGUACUUGAGCGGUUUAAGAUUUGUGGCCCUGAUGGAAGCCAUUACUCGGGUAGUCAUGAUACUCAUGUUGCAGGAAGUGAUACUGAUGAUGUUUGAUCACCAUUCAGAACGAAAAUUAUAUCCAAAAAUGUACAUUCUUUAAACCACCACCCUAUUAGUUCUUCAUGGACCAUUGGAUUCUUGAAUAGCUUAAGCUACUACAACUUCUUUAAGCUUGUCCUUUAUUGUGUAUGAUAAUAUGGAAGCAGCCAUGUGUUGUUGCAAACUAACAUGACCAUCUGCCUGUAUUUGUUAGCAAUGACAAGACAUUACUAGUAGCAACCACUA